AGACAAAACAGCUGGAAGGGUUCAUUCAUUAUUUUUUGUGAAGAAUUUGGCGGGAAUGAUGAUGAUCACCUGCCACCUCCAACCACCGUGCUCAGUCCCACCACCACCACCAUCCACAGGCAUAAGCUUCAAAACCAAGACACCUCUUCAUAAAAAAAAGAGAAUAUACCCACCAGACAAGGCUCUACAAAAUUGGUUUGAUUGUUGGCAGGGCUCACAUCAUCCUGUGGUAGCGAUGGAGGGGAGGUGGAGAUGGGCGUUCCUUUUGGCAAGCUUGGUGAGUUACAUAGGCUCAGAUGCAGCUGCAGACGAAGGCGGUGGCAGUGAAGGUGACGGAAGGAAAGGCCUCUGCAGCACUGAUCUCACCACAUUUCUCCCUUUUCCAUAUAGCAACUUACCAAACAUGGUCUGCCAGCCACUUUGGAACUCAUAUUUGUUGAGGUAUUCCAAGUCGAAGGACAACGAGAUAACGAUGGUGCUAUCGACCAUCUACACGAGCGGAUGGGUGGGGAUCGGAUUCUCGCGAGACGGGAAGAUGCUAAACUCGAGCUGCAUGGUGGGAUGGGUGAACCAAGAGGGACAAGGAAGGAUAAAACAGUACCACAUAAAAGGGUUCACCCCGAGCGAGAUCAAGCCCGAGCGGGGUGAACUCCCCCUGACGAACGUGCCGCCGUACGUGGCCGUGCAGGGGGCAACCAUAUACCUAUCCUUCCAGCUCAAAUUCAACACCACCCUCAAAACGCAGCCACUACUGCUAGCUUUCAGCACCAAACCACCGCACCACCACCGCCUCACUGUCCACGAAGACAAGACAACCAUAUACUUGGAUUUCUCAGCUGGUAAAACGGACGACAGCAGCGGCGGCGUUAAGUCGUAUUUGAAAGACAGGAGGACUCACGGGACGCUGGCGGUGAUGGGGUGGGGAUUCUUCCUCCCCACGGGGGCUAUUAUGGCCAGAUAUCUGAGCCGGAAGGAUAAAGUCUGGUAUUACUUUCAUGUUCCGAUUCAGUUCAUUGGUUUCUUGCUGGGAGUUGCGGCGGUGAUUGUUGGAGUGUCGCUUUACAGCAAGAUGCAUGUUUUCUUCCCAGCACACAGGGGGAUUGGGAUUUUCCUUCUUGUCAUCACCAUUCUGCAGGUGCUUGCAUUCUUCACGAGGCCGAGCUCGGACAGCAAGUAUCGGCGUUACUGGAAUUGGUACCACAACUGGGUUGGGAGGAUCUGCCUCUUCUUCGGAGCAGUUAAUAUCCUUGUAGGAAUCCACAUUGCCGAUGCAGGCCAAGGUUGGAAGAUUGGAUAUGGAUUUCUGCUUGGUUUCCUGUUGGUUACUGUCAUUGUUCUUGAAGCAUUGCUCUGGCUUAGACGAUCGGCUGACGCAGAUAAGCAGCAUCCCCCAUUUUCAAUCAAUUCAAUCGACCGCGAAAUAUCACUCUAAAUCUUUACCUAAUUUAGCUAUGAAUUUCAAUCGCUUUUAUCUUUUGUUGUUUCAACUGUGAUUGCAAAUUGGAUUGGUGAAACUUGAAACUAGAACGACAGAGGUUAAUCAAAUCAAGUGUGUAGAUACAAAUUAAAGAGGUCGUGUUGAGAUGCUCAUGCAAGGCUCAGUUUGAAGUUUUGUACAGGAACUUUCCAUCAAAUUAGUUGCUUGUUACACCGUUUGGUUUCAUUCUUCGAAUCGGACAUAUUAAUUCAAGAAUUAGGGCGUCCAAGGUCAUCGUUUUAUGUAUAAAUUCGAGACUAAGAAUUUCACGUUUUUUUAUUUGUGUCCAGUUGGGAAUUCUCACACUUACAAAUAUAAUUUGUAUUACUAAUUUUUAAGA